AUGGAUUACGGAAGUAUCCUCGAGGAACGGACAAGUCCAGCAGUCUUGGCGAACGCUCGUGAGCAAUAUCUUCGUCAGUGCGCCCGUGGAGAACCAAGUGCCGGAUCGACGUUUUCCUACGCACACGCAAUGAUCGGAUCUAAGAACAAACUGGACGUGAAAGAUGGAAUUUUGUGUCUCGAGAAACUUCUCCGCGACGACAACGACGUUUCGAGCAAACGCAACUACGUUUACUAUUUGGGAGUAGCGCACGCUCGUAUGAAGCAGUAUGACACCGCUUUGGGAUACAUUGAUAUUCUUCUGGAAAUCGAGGAAGGAAACGAUCAAGCCAAACGGUUGAAAGAGACUAUCAAAUCGGCAAUGACUCAUGAUGGUCUCAUCGGAGCGGCGAUAUUCGGAGGUGGAGCACUCGCAUUGGCCGGACUUGUCGCCAUCUUCACCAUGAGCCGUAAAUAA